AUGAGUACCGCAUAUCACCCACACAACCCGGCGCUUUCCUCGACCUACAACAGUCAUGUUGCCAUGGCGAGACAGCCUGCUGGGUUGAUCCAAACAACUCGGGCUGGUGCUGCUGGUCUGAAUGAUGCCGUUGCCCAAAUCACCCGGAGCCAACCUCAGCAACAAUCGCAGAUGCAACAGCUUCAGCCAGAGUACCAAUCGCACUCGCAACAACCCCACUAUUCCUCAAAUGUCAACUCUGUAACGUCACUUUCUUUCACUGACAGCUCACGGCAUUCGACCCGAAACUCGACGCCUUCUUCGACUGUCACUGCGACUUCGGCACGUUCGCAAUUCGAGGGCACAAUAUCACGAAGGGAGUCGACCUUGGUUAUGCACAGUCUCAGACUGCCCAGCUGUAUAUCACCAAAUGGUGGAAAUCUGGAUGAUUUUGCCUCUUUGAUGACAUGCUUUUUCUGGUUCGAGAACAUGGAUGUUAUCCAUAGCGCCGAGAAAAUCAAGGAGCGUCCAUUGAAUUCGCCGGUGCCCGCCUUGUCAUCGCUCACACGCCCGGGAAUCAACUACAAAAAAUGGGUAAACAGCAUAUUAACUACGACUCAAGUCACCCAGAACGUGAUUCUGCUGGCUCUGCUCUUCGUGUACAGAUUGAAGAGCCGAAACGCAAAGGUGAAUGGCAGUCAGGGUAGCGAAUACAGACUCCUCACCGUGGCUUUGAUGCUGGGAAACAAGUUCUUGGACGACAACACAUACACGAAUAAGACGUGGGCAGAAGUAUCUGGCAUUGCCGUCAAGGAGAUCCAUGUGAUGGAAGUCGAGUUUCUGAGUAACAUGAGAUAUGGGCUUCUUGUAUCCAAGGAGCAAUGGGAGGACUGGCUCAAGAAGCUGGCCUGCUUCCACGAGUACUGCGAGAGGGCCGAACAAACCGAAAAGGCGGCCAUGGCCCAAAGACAGCGCGCAGAGGCGGCCCAACUUAACAUGUCACCCAGUCACCGUGGCUUCAGCUCUCCCUUACCGUCGCCGACUACCAUGCUCCCAUCGAGCAUGCAGCCCAGUCCGGCCACACUGGCAGCCUACUCACCCAACGCCGCCGUGUACAACACGAACCCGACCCCGAACUGGUCAUACCAGUCUACGCCUGCAAUGUCUCCACUAGCAGCCAAACCAACCCUCGGAUUCCCAACCAAUGGCAGGAAGCGAAGCCUGGAGAACGCAGAGGUGGCGGAACCCGCGCCCAAGCGAAACACGAGACCGACUCCGACGACCAGCGUUCCCGCCUCCCGACAGCUCAGCGGCGCUCCUGAAUCUGGCAGACUUUCUGUACCUCAUCUUACGUUGGACACAAGCCAGGUUAUUCCACCAUCUGUACCUUAUCAGGCCACCCCGAAUUACCCGCAGGCCCAGGCUCCUGUGUCACUGCCACCCAUUGGCACAGGCAUGCGAGCAAUGUCGACCGUAUAUCCACAUGCCACUACGUGGGCCUCACAAGGUCCAAUUCUGGCGACCUGUGGUCCACAGACACCAGCGUUCACGGCUCCUGUACACUUUGGCACACCCACCAAGCGUCACAGCCCAGGCAGCUUGGCCGUUUACAAUUCUUCACCACUAGUGGAGUCAUUUGCCGCAACGCAUACACCAAUUUCGAACUCUCCAUUGGCAUACCUGCAGCAGAGAAACAGUCCCUACAAGCCUGUCCGGCCAGUCAACACGCUUAACUACCCACCGCCAUCGAUUCCUCUCUCCGAGUACCACUUGGGCUCAGCUCAGAUGCACUACCAACCACUUGGUCGACGCAACGUACGAACCGGAAUCGUCCCCGAAUUCCUCCCAAGUGUCGGCGGCGGGCGGCCAACACCUUUAUCCAUGUCUCAGGCUCCGCCUUCGCACUAUCCAGCUUAG